CGCCCUAUCGUGGACAUGUCUUAUUCACACCACUUUGUGGAUUUCCAAGGCUCUUCUAUCCCCAGCUCCAUGAAAAAGCUGGUUGUCACUCAGCUCAGCCCUAACUUCAAAAAGGCCGUCACCUUAAUCCCCAACGCCCCGGUACCGGUGCCUGGGGACGGAGAUCUCCUCAUCAGAAACCGAUUUGUUGGUGUCAAUGCCUCGGACAUAAACUUUUCCUCUGGUCGCUAUGACAUGUCUGUGAAGCCUCCCUUUGAUGCUGGCUUUGAAGGUAUCGGUGAAGUGGUAGCAAUGGGCCUCAGUGCCAGUAAAAAUUAUACCAUUGGCCAACCCGUGGCCUAUGUGACAAGCGGUGCCUUUUCUGAAUACAUAGUUGUUCCUGCCCAGCAUGCGAUUCCAGUGCCUUCGGUGAAACCAGAGAUUUUAACCCUACUCAUUAGUGGCACAACAGCUUACAUCAGUCUUAAAGAAAUGGGAAAGUUGUCUGAAGGAAAGAAAGUCUUGGUCACUGCGGCUGCUGGUGGAACUGGACAGUUUGCAGUGCAACUGGCAAAGAAAGCAAAAUGCUAUGUUAUUGGGACAUGCUCCUCUGAAGAAAAGGCAGGUUUCCUGAAAAGCAUUAAUUGUGAUCUUCCAAUCAACUAUAAAACUGAAAAUGUGGGCUCAGUCCUAAAGAAGAACUUUCCCGAGGGCGUAGACGUUGUGUAUGAAUCAAUCGGCGGAGAAAUGUUCGAUAUGUUGGUUAACUGUUUAGCUAUAAAUGGCCGCCUGAUAAUUAUUGGCUUUAUCUCAGGGUACCAGUCAUCCCACGGCAUUUUGCCCGUCAAAGCAAGCGCUUUACCUGCUGUAUUAUUAAGAAAAUCAGCCAGCGUUCAAGGCUUCUUUUUAAACCAUUACUUGUCUCAGUAUAAAGAUGCUUUAAUCUCUUUGUUGAAACUGUAUCAGAGUGGAGAAUUAGUUUGUGAAAUAGACAAUGGAGAGCUAACUCCAGAAGGCAGGUUCAUGGGCUUGGAGUCUGUAUUCCGUGCUGUAGAUUAUAUGUACAUGGGGAAAAACAUUGGAAAAAUUGUAGUUGAAUUACCUCACCCUGUCAACAGCAAGCUGUAAAAACAGAACAAUGAUAUAAAUCACAAGAGAAAA